CCACUGUCCUCCAACUCCCCGCCUCCCCUAGCUUCACUGGACGGCAGCCCCGGGGACCGGGUGAAUCUCUCCUGUGCAGGGGUCUCGCAUCCCAUCCGCUGGGCCUGGGCGCCUAGCUUCCCGGCCUGCAAGGGCCUGUCCAAAGGACGCCGCCCAAUCCUGUGGGCCUCAUCAAGCGGGACCCCCACGGUGCCUCCAGUCCAGCCCUUUGCUGCACGCCUGCGCGCCCUGGACCCUGGCAUCCGGCGGCUGGAGCUGCUCCUGAGCGCGGGGGACUCAGGCACCUUUUUCUGCAGAGGCCGCCACGAAGAUGAGAGCCGUACGGUUCUUCACGUGCUAGGGGACCGGGCCGAUUGCAGGGCUCCGGGGCCUAUUCACGGGUCUGUGUAUUACCAGCUGCUGAUCCUGCUGCUGGUCGCCGGUCUAGCGCUGGCACUAGCAGCGUUGGGCGUGGUCUGGUGGAUGCGCAGGCGAUCAUCCCCGCACCCGCUUCCACCACUCCCCAGAUUUGCUCCACUCGUGAAAGCGGAGCCCCAGGGCCCAGUAAAGGAGGAGGAGCCUAAGACUGCAGGGGACCUGGACCAGGAACCUAGCCUGCUCUACGCAGAUCUGGAUCAUAUGGCCCUCAGAAGGCCCCGCCGCUUGACCCCAGUGGUCCCUGCUGAUGCUUCCACCAUCUAUGCAGUUGUAGUUUGAAGGGAAGCCCUUACUCUAUACCUAACAAACUGGGGAUUCCCAGCUCUCCAAAUAACCCCUCCCCUUCUUGGCCCCUACCUGGGAAAGGAAGGCACCACAGGAUAGAAAUGAGCAUUGGAUUGGGAGUUAGGAGACCUAGGUUCCAGGCAACUUCUGCUGCUGAUCUUGCUUCUUCAGUUACCCCAUCUUUCAUAUAACUUCCAUUCUCCUCUCCUAUCAGUGUUCUCUCUAAAUCUGAUCAAGCCCAGUCUCCCCAUCUUAAGCCAUUGACAACUCCUAGAUUGUCACCCUAACUCUUCCCUUCCCUCACCAUCAAGCUCUUUGAACCAGGGGCCUACAACCUGUCUCUUCCACUUUCUUCUCCAUCACUCCACUCUCACUGCUCAUCUGCUCUCCAUGAGGUUGACAGUGAUGUCCUAAUGGCCACACCCAGUAGAUUUUUUUAGUAUUCAUCUGGCUUGGGUUUAGAUUACUUCUUUCUUUAAACUCUGUUUUUCUUUAAUGCUGGUGUCUUCCUUCUGGACUCCUGUUUUUUGCUCCCUAACCCCAUGGUAUUCCCCACCAUUCUAGGUUUGUCCCUUUCUUUAUCUGCCUUCCUGUUCUCAGAAGCUGUCAUCCACAGCCAGUCCUCAGCCCUCACCAGAACUCUCUCCAGCUCAGAUCUCAGGUAUAGGAUUUCCAAACCAUCCUUUGUACAUCCUUGCCUGGGUAGCCCUAGGUGUUUUGCACACAGCCUAUCCCAAACCCAAAUGAUUGUCAUCUGCUAAGGCACUCACUUAAUCUUCCUCUGCAUUCUCUCUUGAUCAACCCAGUUGCCCAAACCAGAAACUGGGAGGCAUGCAGACCUUCUUCCUCACACUCCCAUAUAGUGAACCAAGUCCUAUCUUUCUAUUUUAAUAUCACUGUCAAAUCUACACCCUUCCUCAUGUCCAGUGCUGCCAUCUUAAUGUAAAUUUCCUUAUUUCCUCCCUGGAUUACCCAUACCCCACCUCAUUCUCCUGCCCUUUCCCUCCUCCCUGAAGCCAGACAGAGCCUCCCCAAACACUAACCAGCUCCUAAGAGCCUGUAACUCCAGAAAUGCAGUAUUUCUUUCCUUAACCUUCAGCUCUGGGCUGAUAGGCCUUGGCUUUGAGUACCAGGUGCCACAGCAUUCUGCCUAUUCUCCAGGCUUAUCUCUGUUACUUUACAUGUACACAACAUGCCAGGCCCCAAAUAUGCCUUUGCCCCAUGCAACUCCUUCUUUCUGGCUUAACCUUUUCCCUCCCCGGCAUUACCUUCUUGGCUAAUCCUAUUUUUCCUCAGGAUUCAGUUCAAGUGCAGCCUUUUCUGGGAAGUCAUUCCUGACCCUCUUUGCCCACUCCUGCAUACAUUCUGAUACCCUAGGGAGUCCCUAUAUUUCUCUCAUAGCAACAGUCUCCUGUGAAUUGUUCUAUCAUAGCAGUGUAUGUCAAUAUGUAAGAAAUUUAUAUGUACUUUGAAUUCCCUGAUAUCAGGAGACUGACCUUUUUUUUUAUUACUGCUAAGCUUCAGUAAAUGAGUGAAUGAAAAUGAA